UGAAAACUUCAGUUAAAUUUUAGCUACGGUGGUGUAAAGUUUCAAUUAAUAAAUUAAAAAUGAAAUUCCUUACCGCCUUUGGUGUGCUAACAAUUUUGGCUGUGGUCCAGACUCAGUUUCCUCCCAACUUUCCCAAGUGUAAAUUUGCGGAAGAAACAUGCAUUGUCAAGGCCACCAACGAGGUUAUUGGAAAAUACUAUGCAGGACUUCCGGAAAUCGGUUUAACACAAUUCGAUCCUUUGCACAUUAAAACCAUGAUGUUGAAGAGAAAUCCCUCCAGUCCGGUUAAUGUUGAGGUUAAGCUAAGUGAUUUGGAAUUGGAGGGUCUGAAGACCAUGAAUGUUUCUCAUAUGCAGGGCUUCAAAUCAGAUAUGAGCGGUCGCAACUCCUUAACCGGAAUAAUAGAACACCUAAACUUCAAGGGUCAUUACAUUAUUGAUGGACAAGUUAUGAUACUGCCAAUAAAGGGUGAGGGUACCCUAAGAUUGGUGUGCAAAAAUCUCCAAUUUAAAUAUGCCUUUGAUUUGAAAGCCAUACAAAGAAAUGGUCAAACCCAUGCCGCCCUGGAGCAUGUUAAAUUGGAAGCCGAACCUGAACAUGUUGAAUUUCACUUUGACUCAUUGUUUGAUGGUGACAAGGCGCUGACGGACACCACCAAUGAAUUCAUCAAUGCCAACUGGAAGGAAUUGUAUCGUGAAAUACAAGCCGAUAUAUCGAAGUCUAUUAGUUUGAUUGUGAAGUCCUUGGUGAAUUCAUUCUUCAAGAAAUAUCCUUAUGCUGAUUAUUUCCUAUAA